CUGCAACUGUUGCACGGUUGUAAAUCGCAAAGCAAAAUAAAAUGCGCCGCGCUUGAAUUAUCCAUCUUUAUGGACAGAAAAUAACUUCAUUUGCGAACAGAGUACACUAAAUGGAUCGCGGGAAAGGAAGCGGAUCCAACCGAUCGCAGAAGAAGGUUCCGCUGGGCGGAGAACUCUUUGCGCUUGGUAAGAGCGUACGCGAUGACUCCAAGUCAAAGAUCCUGCCCAUUAAGGGCAUGUCCUCGUCGGACCGCAAGCGGGAAGCCUCCUCCGCACUCGCCAGCUCGAGCAAGCGGUUCCGGGGUAACCUCAAGGAUGCGGGCGCCCCAGACAUCUCCACUGGCAGCAGUCAAUGCGAGACCUGGGAGCAGUUCGCCGUCGAUUGCGAUCUGGAGACCGUGGUUGGGACCAUAUACGCGGCCUUGGAGCAAAAUGACAGCGAGACUGUGGGCCGCCUCGUUUGCGGCGUCAUAAAGCAGACAUCGACGAGCUCCUCGCGCUCCAAGGUGGACAACAUUGCAAUGCUGGCCCUUAUCUACGUGGCCAAGCUGCAGCCUAGUAUAUUCUGCACGGACAUAGUGGCCUGCGCGCUGAUAUCCUUCCUGCGGCGGGAGGCCAACGUGAAAAUGCGGUACAACACCAACCUGCACAUCCUAUUUGCCAAUCUGCUGACCCGUGGCUUUAUGGAGAUUUCCCAGUGGCCGGAGGUACUGCUCCGCAUCUACAUUGACGAUGCGGUUAAUGAGCGCUACUGGGCGGACAAUGAACUAUGUGCUCCGCUAGUGAAGAACAUAUGCGCUGCUUUUAAAACCCGCACUCCACACAUUAGUCUUCUCCGCUGGGAUGUGAGCACGGCCCUGCCUUCUGGGCAAGCACACAGGGACAGCAUGACCGUGGAUGACGAUUCUGGUGACAAUUCCACACAGAGCUUGGAUGCAAGCCCCUUAAAUACCGAAUCGGAACCAGUUUCCGACGCCAUGUGCACUACUAAAUCCAGAUUUAGCGAUGCUGUGGUGCAGAAGCAUGUCAGCGACGCCAUUCGCGAUCAGCUCAACAAGCGACAGCAGCAGGAUAACUACACCAGGAACUUCCUAAAGUUCCUGUGCACCACUUCCGGGAUUGCAGAGGUACGAUGUCUGAGCAUUUCCCGCUUGGAGUUGUGGAUCCACAACGGGAAACUGGUCAAGUUCGCCCAGCAACUGCUCUCGUACAUCUGCUUUAACAUCAAGGGACGCAACACGCAGGACAACGAAGUGCUUUUGGUCCUGGUGAAGAUGCGGCUCAAAACCAAGCCCCUAAUAAACCACUACAUGUCCUGCUUGAAGGAGAUGAUAUUUCUGCAGCCGGAAAUCUUGAGUACAGUAAUGAAACUGGUCGUGCAAAAUGAGCUAUCAAACACCAGGAAUCCAAACAAUAUGGGGAUGCUGGCCACAAUGUUUCAAACAUCUGCUGAUCAGUCAGCUGCAAAUCUGGCUGAGAUCUACCAGGAAUUUUUACUUCAGCGGGAUGAUUGCCUGCGCACCCUGCGCGUUUUCUUAAGGGAGCUGGUGCGGAUGCUGCGCUUCGAUGUGAACCUGGUCAAGUUUUGCAAGACCUUUCUGAGUGAGCGAGAAGAUCUGACACCGCAAAUCGAAAUGUUUGAGUUUAAGGAGCGAAUCUUUAACUCCAUGGUGGACAUUGUGUGUCUCUGCAUGUUUCUGUCGGCCACGCCACAAGCCAGGGAAGCCAGUCUGUCCCUCAAAACAAAUCGGGACACCAAAAACAACCAUGCUCUGCUCAAGCUGUACAAUCAGAUGUCGCAGAUUCAACUGGACACAGUUUCGUGGAUGUACGAAACCGUGCCCACGGUCUUCAAGAUUCCGGCAGCGGAAUAUCACCAGGCGCUGCACAAGCUGCUACUGCUGGACAGUCCGGAGCAGUAUUCGCGCUGCGAUCAGUGGCCUUCAGAGCCAGAGCGAGGCGCUAUCCUGAGGAUUAUCUCUGAGACGCCGAUUCACGAGGAGACGCUGCUGCGAAUCAUAUUGAUUGGCAUCACCAAGGAUAUUCCCUUCUCUAUCGCAAACACCUUUGAUGUUCUGCUGCUAGUCAUAAAGCGAGUUUCCGGAAUGAAGGCCACCAAUAUUCCCGCUGUGCAGGCCAACAAAUUCGACAUCAUCGACUUCCUGUUCAGCAUGUCGGAAUACCAUCAUCCGGAGAACAUUCGGUUGCCUUCCGAUUACGAGCCACCAAAGCUGGCCAUAAUUGCAUUUUACUGGAAGGCGUGGCUUAUUUUGCUCAUGAUAUCCGCACACAAUCCCUCCUCGUUUGGAGCCUUUUGCUGGGAUCACUAUCCCACGAUGAAGAUGAUGAUGGAAAUUUGUAUAACGAAUCAGUUUAACAACUCAGCGGCCACCAAGGAUGAGCUGCAGAUCAUAACCAUGGAAAGGGAUCACAUUCUGCAGUUCGAGACGUACUUGGCUGCCCAAACAUCACCGCAUGCCGUUAUCACCGAGGAAACUGCGAUUCUGAUCACUCAGCUCAUGCUGAUGGAUCCGAUGGGCACUCCGCGCAAAGUGCCGUCCAUGGUGUUGGAUCAGCUAAAGUUCCUUAAUCAGACCUACAAGCUGGGCCACUUGUUCUGUCGCUGCCGCAAGCCGGACUUGCUGCUGGACAUAAUUCAGCGGCAGGGCACCACGCAAUCCAUGCCCUGGCUUUCUGACUUGGUGCAGAACAGCGAGGGCGAUUUCAGCCAUCUUCCAGUGCAAUGCCUGUGCGAGUUUCUGCUCUUCAAUGCGCACAUCAUCAACGAGGAGAAUAGCCGCGAUGCCGAAUUGGUCAAUUUCCUGCGAAACUUGAUAUUUGACGGGAAUCUCAGCCACCAAAUCGUUUGCGAGCUGUUGGACUACAUAUUUAGACGCUUGUCGUCCACCGUUAAACAAUCUCGAGUCGCUGCUCUUUCGGGUCUAAAGAUAAUCUUCAGGCACUCCGGUGACUUUGAAAACGAAUGGCUCUUGAAGUCACUCCAGCAAAUUCCCCACUUCUUCGAGGUCAAACCCUUCAUCAUUCCCCAACUGCGGGCUGCCUGCCAGGUGGAGAAUUGCCCGGAACUGAUUAUGGCCUACAUUCAGUUCAUUACUGCACACACGCUUAACGAUCCGGUGAACGAAAUGCUGGAUCAUGUCAUCGAUAUGGCGCAGCUGAUUGUAGAGCGCAGCACAAUGUUUCAGCACAUUAUAAUUUCCCAGGAGGACUACGAUUAUGUGCCCGACGAGAACCGCAUUCAGACACUGAAAUGCCUCUUUGUCAUGUUCAACAACUAUAUAAUUAAGCUGAGGGAGUACCACGAACCGUACGAGUGGACCGAGUAUCCGGACCUGCUGAUGGUUCAGUUUGAUGAUGGAGUACAGCUGCCGCUCCACAUUAACAUCAUCCACGCCUUUAUUAUCCUGCUCACAUAUUCCAACAGCAACAUGCCCGAAUCGAUACCCAUUUUGGACUAUUGGUUUCCGCCCGGACGACCAGCGCCUGUGGCCUUUCUGCCCAGCAUGCCGCAGGAGCAGGUCCAACUGCUGCCCGACUGGCUGAAGCUGAAGAUGAUACGCUCAUCGGUGGACAGAUUAAUUGAGGCUGCUCUCAACGACUUAACGCCUGAUCAGAUUGUGCUCUUUGUGCAAAACUUUGGUACGCCGGUCAACUCGAUGUCCAAGCUGCUGGCAAUGCUGGACACCGCUGUGCUGGAGCAGUUUGAUCUGGUGAAGAAUGCCAUACUGAACAAGGCCUAUCUGGCUCAGCUAAUUGAGAUUCAGCAGGCGCGGGGUGCAAAGAAUGGGCACUACACCGUGCAGGCACUUGAUCUGCAUUCCCACUCGCAGACAGUGCCAGAUCUGCCCAAGAUCAGUGUGGUCAUUCAGGAGACCGUGGAAAUCGGUGAUUACGAUUCCUCAGAUUCGGAUAGCAGUCCCACUAACUUCCUGGCCACCAAGGAGGUGGCCCAAACAAUUCUCACGCAGCCCGACCAAUUGACUGAGUCGAGAAGUGACUGCCGAUCCUUGAUUCAAAAACUGUUGGACAUGCUAGCAAACCCGCACAGCAAUAGAGCGGAUGUGGUUACCGCCAUAACAGAGGUGCUAGCCGUGGGCUGCAAUGUCACAAUGAGCCGGCACGCCUGCACAUUUUUAAGGACCUUCUUCAGCUGCAUGCUACACAGCGACAAAUACCAUAUAUUAGAGAACGCUCUGCAAAAGAACUUUAGUGUGUUCAAGCACUCAUUCGCCGACUCCAGUCUGCUGCAGAAAUCCGAACUCUAUCAUGAGAGCUUGGUGUUCAUGCUGAGGAACUCGCGCGAGAUUUAUGUGCAGCAGUUCAAGGCGAAUACCGCCUUAGUGGCAAGAAAGCGGAUCGUCAGGGGGAUCGUCCAAAGCUUCGAUCAGACCAAGGACUGCAAGACUGUGGCUAAGUCUAAGAGCGACCAGCUCUUCCACAACGGGCUCUUCAUCGACUGGCUGUCCGAAAUGGAUCCCGAGAUUGUUUCUACACAGCUGAUGAAGGAGCGCUUUCUGUUCUCAAAGUCCUGCAGCGAGUUUAGGUUCUAUCUGCUGUCCCUGAUCAACCACCAAACCAACUGGGACACGAUCGAAAGGAUUGCCGAGUACUUGUUCAAGAAUUUCCAUGAAGAUUACGACUACGCCACCGUCCUCAACUAUUUCGAGGCACUGACCACCAAUCCGAAGCUGUGGAAGGGCCGCGAGAAGUACAUGUCAAAGAACGUACGGCCGGAUGCCUUCUUUAUGCUGAGAACCUCUGAACUCGAGCCGUUUUCCCACUUUAUCCUGCACGAAGGUCUAUCUGAGGUCAAGCUGGACAGCAAAAACUAUGAUUUUAAACUCUGCUCGCGAAUGAAUCUACUGUUUAAGCUUACGGAGAAGCGACGAGACCUCAUGGUCAAGGUGAUGGAGCACGUGGAGAACAGUUCGGUGUCCGACUACUUGAAACUGCAGGUCCUCCAGCAGAUGUACAUCAUGUAUCCGCGCAUCAAGUUCCUGAAGCCGAGCAAAACCGGCGAGCAGGCGUACAAAUUGCAGAAUCUGAAGGGCUGUCAGGCCGACAAGGUGUCCAACAAUCUAAUCACCUGCUUGGGUAGCCUGGUUGGUAAAAAGGACUUUGAAACCCUGUCAACGGAAACCGAGCUGCUCCUCCGCAAGCUGGCUGCCUCCCACCCGCUGCUAUUCCUUCGCCAGCUGGGCGUGCUGUCGUCCAUUAUGCAGGGUCGGGCCCAGCUCAGCAUGAAGGCCCUGCGCGAGGAGCACCACUUCCACCGAUUCGUACAGAUCCUGAGGACUCUGGAGCUGCUGCAACCAACCAUCUUCGAGGAGGCGUACAAGAACGAAAUCCAAAACACGUUGUCGUGCUACUUCAAUUUCUUUAAGCACCACAGCAACGUUAAGGAGGCCUGCCAAAUGCUGAAUAAGUUUGUGCAGAUGCUCCAGGCCUACAUCAACUAUAAUCCCUCAAGUGCUCUGCUCUUCAUCGAACAGUACGUGGGCAUCCUAAAAGAACUGGCUGCAAAAUACACCUCACUGGGCAAACUCCAGGUUUUAGUCCAGGCCGUUGCCCUGCUGCAGCACAAGUCGCACUCGGCCACGGAGUUGGACGACGAGGAGGUUAAGUACGAGUACGAUCUGGAUGAGCAUUUCGAUGUAAAGCCAACAGUCAGCAAGCCCGUGGUAGUUGAGGAACCAAUAGAAGUGAUUCCGCAAACACCCAUCGAUGCGAGCAGUAGUAGGGGUCCUUUAUCGGUUCUUACCCUGGGCUCGUACAGUCGAUCGAACUACACGGACAUAUCGCCGCACUUCCUCGAUCUGGUCAAGAUCAUUAAGCAGGCCAACACGGAGGAUGUGGUCUUGGGUCCAAUGCAGGAGCUGGAGUGCCUAACUUCCAAGAGAUUUGUAUUCAUCAACGAGCUGUUCGAACGACUGCUCAACCUUAUUUUCUCACCGAGUGCUCAGAUUCGAUCCAUCGCCUUCAUCAUUCUGAUCAGACAUCUCAAGCACAAUCCCGGCAACUCGGACAUCAACCUGUGCACCCUGAACGCCUACAUUCAGUGCCUGCGGGACGAGAACUCCUCGGUGGCAGCGACGGCCAUCGACAAUCUGCCGGAGAUGUCGGUGCUGCUGCAGGAACACGCAAUCGACAUCCUAUCGGUGGCCUUCUCGCUGGGCUUGAAGUCGUGUCUGAACACUGGCCACCAGAUUCGCAAGGUUCUCCAGACUCUAGUUAUUCAGCAUGGCUAUUAAGCAUUUGGUUUAUAAGUUAGAGGCGUCAUCGUAUGUAUAUUGUAAUCUUAGCUUGUAAUAAUAAAGUGUAUCCUGCGGUACGAGAUUUUUACCACAUUGGAAA